AUGGCAGGCAAAAAGCGAGAAAUCCAGUUACAGGCAGUCAUCAAUAAUCAAAGCCUAUGGGAUGAGAUGUUGCAGAACAAAGGCCUCACAGUGAUCGAUGUUUACCAAGCCUGGUGUGGACCUUGCAAAGCAAUGCAAACUUUAUUCAGAAAAUUGAAAACUGAGCUGAAUGAAGAUGAAAUUCUGCAUUUUGUUGUAGCUGAAGCUAACAGCAUUGCGACUUUGCAGCCAUUUAGAGACAAUUGUGAGCCUAUUUUUCUUUUUAGUGUUAAUGGCAAAAUUGUCACAAAGAUUGAAGGUGCAAAUGCACCACUUGUUAAUCAAAAAAUUAUUAACUUGAUCAAUGAGGAAAGAAAAAUUGCAGCAGGUGAAAUGGUUCGCCCUCAGUAUCAUGAAAUUACAUUUGUAGACUCAGAUACAGAAGAUGCUGGGGAAGCAUUCAAUGAAAAUGUUGACCAACUAUACAGUAUUGCUAUUAUUAAACCAGAGGCUGUGAUUACUGGGAAAACUAUAAAAAUUAAAGAAAAGAUUAUCAGUGCAGGAUUUGUCAUACAAGCAGAAGAUAAGAGAGUGCUCACUGAAAAUCAAGUGAGGGAUUUCUAUAGUCAAAUAGCAGAUGAGCCUGACUUUGAAGAUUUUGUUACUUUAAUGACAACUGGCAUAAGCUAUAUUCUAGUUGUAUCUCAAGACAAUAAACAAGAACCUCCCUGUGAAGAAACUGUAUCUAAUCCUGAGAAUAAAGAACCUAAAGAAACAUCUGAGGAUCAACAUGAGAUGGCCACACCUACAGUGAUGAGGAAGAAGUGGGACAGUUUACAAGAAUAUCUGGAAAGACAAAAUAUAUCUCAGUUUUGUGAUGUUGAAGAGAAUACAACUAAUGUUAAUAAGUUUAUUGAUAUCUUCUUCCCUGAUUUUAAAAGUAUAUCAAAAUUAGAAAAGACACUGGCAUUACUUCGACCAGAUCUCUUUCAAGAAAAGAAAGAGGAUGUUUUUAAUAUUAUUCAAGAUGAAGGUUUUAAAAUACUGAUGCAAAGAGAAAUAGUAUUAUCAGAAGAAGAGGCAAAAACACUGUGUAAGGAAUAUGAAAAUGAAGAUUAUUUUGGAAAUCUUAUAGAAAACAUGACCAGUGGUCCAUCUCUAGCUCUUGUUUUAUUAAGAGAAAAUGGUUUACAACACUGGAAAGAGUUAAUUGGACCAAGCACUGUUGAAGAAGCCAAAGAACGUCUUCUAGAGAGUUUAUGCAUACAAUUUGCAACGAAAAGUUUUCCUAUCAACCAGUUGUAUGGAAGUGAUUCAUUAGAAGCUGCUGAAAUGGAAAUACAGUAUUUCUUUCCCCCUCAAAACACUUUAGCAUUGAUUAAACCUCAUGCAACACAUGAACAAAGAGAGGAGAUCUUCAGUAUUAUUAAAGAGGCUGGAUUUGAUAUAACACAGAUGAAGGAAAUCCUGCUAACCAAAGAGCAAGCGGACAAAAUUUAUUUUAAAAUAACAAAUAAAGACUUCUAUAAAGAUGUAUUGGAAAUAUUAUCUGAGGGUCCAUCUGUGGUCAUGAUUCUGACCAAGUGGAAUGCUGUUUCAGAAUGGAGACGAUUAAUGGGUCCCACAGACCCAGAAGAAGCAAAGCUACUGUCCCCAGACUCUAUCCGAGCCAAAUUUGGAAUAACUGUUUUGAAAAAUUGUGUCCAUGGAUCGUCUAAUAUCCAGGAGGCAAUGGAGACGAUUAAUAGAAUAUUUGAAGAGUUUGUUCCUGAAAAUUCUGAGGAACACUAA